UUGACCAAUAAAAGUAAACAUGAAUGAAACCAAAAGCAGCAAUCAAACACACUCUAAAAAGGACUACUACAAAGGAUUUUCCCAAAAUAAAAAGAAGGAAAUAAGUUCGUUUACCACUCAAACCGAGUUUCUUGGUCGGGGUUUUAUGACACAUAUUGACUAGUAAGUAGGAAGCAAUGUCACAAGCGCGCGAGUUUUGAGGUGACUCGCUGGUCGGCUGGUGUCUUCUACCGAUUCAAGAAUCCACUCGCCGAGUCUACACCAAAUAAGAACUGCGAGUCUGCAACCACACUAGGUUCCGCCACGGCGCCACCUUCCAGUAAAUACGCAGAUGAUUCUCGCUUUACACGGAGCAACACCAUGAACGACACGUUGUUUCAAGGUUCGACACUUGUUGUGCACUAAACAUCAUCCGGCUACGUGGGUCUGUCAUGAAGCUUCAUCAAAAUCAACCCAAUGUACCCAAAUUAACGGAAGAGAACUUCUCCUUCACCUCCUCCAUUGUUUCGAAUACCAGAAGAAGGAAAGAGAGAGAGAGAGAAAGAUCAAGAGAGACAGAGAGAGAUGAUGAAUGUUUUGGCUCUUAGUCUGGUUUUGUCUUCUCUUGUAGCGGCAGGCUUGUGGUCUCCACAGAUAGAGAGGCACAAGCCGGACGACCAAGAGGUGAUAGUGAAAAAUGGCCACCGAGUUGUAGUCGUCGAGUACGAGAAACAAGGUCCGAGAAAUACCAGAGUUUCGAUUUCACCGGAAGAAACCGGCACUACCCAUAAGCUUGUGGAGGCGGCGGAUAAAACCUAUUCUUCUACAGCCGGAGGCAAGUCCUCAGAGGCGGCGGCAGAAGGGGUGCUGGAGACUGCAAAAGAGAAAUUCAAAGAAGCCUCUUCUGUUCUUCCCAAUCUUGGCCAAGGCAUUUCCACGUCUGUUCAUUCUAAGUCCCCACCAACUCAUGAUAUUCGCUCCAUCUCUUCUGCCGUCGGAGGCAAGGCCUCGGAGGCGGCAGAAGGGGUUCUCGAGACCACAAAAGAGAAACUCAAAGAAGCCUCUUCUGUUCUUCCCAAUCUCGGCCAAGGCACCUCCACAUCUGUUCCUUCUACGUCCCAACAGUUUCCACCAGUUCAUGAUGCCCGCUCCGGAACCAGAGAGCUCGUCUGCGAUGCCUUUGGCAAGUGCAAGCAUAAGAUUGCAGAAGCCAUGGGUAAAACAAAAGAGAAGGUUGCAGACAAGGCGCAUGCUGUCGAAGAAGGAGCCAAAGGAACGGUAGAGACAGUGAAGCAUGCCGGAGAGACCGCUGUUGAGAGAACUAAAUCGGCAGGAGAAGACUUGGCUUCUAAUUUAGCAGACAAAAUGAAGUCCGCAGGCCAAGAAGUUGCAGAUAAGGCGAUGAAAGCUGAAGAGAAGACCGAGGAGGUGGCAGAGCAAGUGAAGACCAGUGUCGAUCUGACCAAGCGCAGGGCGCAACAGAACUUAACCGAAAUUUUCCGGCGAGGCCGGGAGGUGGCAUACGACGCUGCGAUGUAUGCAGUGUCGCCGGAAACGGUGAGCUCGUUGAUGGGUCUGCUGGAAUUGAUCGGGUUUGCGACGGCCUAUGGGAUGUGCGUGUGGGUGACAUUCGUGUCGAGCCACGUCUUGGCCGGGGCUCUGCCGAGGCAGCAGUUUGGAGUGGUGCAGAGCAAGAUCUAUCCUGUUUAUUUUAGGGCGAUGGCUUACAGCAUUGGGACUGCGUUGGUUGCGCAUUUCUUGGGUCGACAAGGUCGGGUGGUGUCUGGCCCGGCUGAGACGCUUCAGGCCUAUAAUCUGCUCGGAUAUCUUGUGAUGGUCCUCGUUAACUUGCUUUACUUGGAGCCCCAAGCCACGAAGGUGAUGUUUGAGAGAAUGAAGGCAGAGAAGGAAGAGGGGAGAGGGAGAGAUGUAGACACGGUAGCCGAGCCACCACCGGUUUCCGGCCUCACAACAACCACCACUCCCACCGCUAGUGGUGGCGCUAAGCCGAUAGGAACCACCGGUACUACUACUACUACUUCCUCUCGAGCAAAACUAGCCGAACAGGAGGAAGCAAAGACAAGGCUAGGGAAGCUAAACCAGAGGCUAAAGCAACUGAAUACAUACUCAUCUUUCCUGAACGUUCUGACUCUUAUGGGGCUCACUUGGCACCUUGUUUACUUGGGACAGCGUUUACAGUUACACAGAAGCUGCUGACCUGACCAUUUCGUGUAUAUAUAUAUAUAUAUAUACCCCAUGCUGUAUAUAUAUGUAUGGAGAUGAUGAUAAUGAUGAACAAGAUAGACGAUCGAUGAUCAUGACGAAUGUUAGUGGUAGAGUUUUCAGUUUUUUUAUCUGUAUAUGAGUAUAUGGAACGCUUUGUGACUUUAGUUCAGGUGUCUGUAUUAUAUAUAGUGACCAAGAUGACUCAACCAAAACUAAAUUUUUC